CUGACCUCCUGUGACCGAACAUGAGCGUCGACCCUCUCGCAGCUCACACCGGAUGUCAACACACUCACCUGGAUUUCCCGGGAGAUCGUCUCCACCGCAGAGCUCAGUUAGCUGACUGACUUCCGGUCAACACAACUUCAUCUAAUGGAGGAGACCGGCGCCGGCACGAAUGGCGGUGAAGCCUCUUCCUCCUCCUCUUCCUCCUCUUCCUCCUGUGAAGUUCCCAGGGAGCCCAACGUGGAGCUGAAGAAGCUGCUGUUCUUCAAAGUGUACAAGAGGCGGUGGCUGGUGCUGCUGAUCCUGUGUCUGCUCAACUGCUCCAACGCCAUGUUAUGGCUGACCUUUGCACCAGUAGCAGACCAGUCUGCCCAUUACCUGAACGUCACUCUGGAGGGGAUCAACUGGUUGUCGCUGGUCUACAUGGUGGUGGCCAUCCCGCUCAGCUUCGGCACCACGUGGAUGCUGGACACGCUCGGGCUGCGGAUCACGCUGGUCCUGGGCGCCUGGCUGAACAUGUUCGGAGCUCUGCUGCGCUUCAUCGCCACGGAGGGAGGCGAAAAGUCACCGGGUCUCCGGUUCCCGCUGGUGAUGGUGGGUCAGACCCUCGGCGCCGUCGCCCAGCCCCUCAUCAUCUUCACCCCCACCAAGCUGGCAGCCCUCUGGUUCCCGGACCACCAGCGGGCCACGGCCAACAUGAUCGCCUCCAUGUCCAAUCCGCUGGGCGUCCUCCUGGCUAACAUCAUCUCUCCUCUGAUGGCUCAGACGUCGGCUCAGAUCCCACGGCUGUUGCUCGUCUAUGCAACCCCGGCCUGCUUCAUCUGUUUCCUAGCAACAGUGGGGAUACGGAGCAGCGCCCCCCCCACGCCACCGUCAGCCAGUGCCGAGUCCUCUGCCUCCGAACCCUUUGUGCAGGGCAUCAAACUGUUAAUGAAGAACCGACCCUACCUGGUGCUGCUGGUCUGCUUCGGCUCGGGCAUCGCCGUCUUCACCUGCUUCUCCACGCUGCUGGAGCAGAUCCUGUGUGUGCAGGGAUACACCAACGACUUUGCCGGCCUGUGCGGCGCCCUCUUCAUCGUGUUCGGCAUCGUGGGCGCCGGCCUCCUGGGACUCUACGUGGACAAGACCAAGAAGUUCAUCGAAGCCACGAAGAUCAACAUGAGCUUCACUGCUCUGGCGUGCAUCGGCUUCUCAGUGGUGUCUCUGAUGCGGGAGCAGAAAGUCGCCGUGGCCGUCGUCUGUUCCAUCUUUGGCUUUUUCGGUUUCUCCAUCUACUCGGUUGCCAUGGAGCUUUCUGUGGAGUGUUCGUAUCCGGUCGGUGAAGCCACGUCGGCCGGGCUCAUCUUCGUUUCGGGACAGGUUCAGUCUGUUCUCUACAUCGUGAUCCUCCAGGCGCUGACCAAGCGGAUCGCUGACUCUCCUCUGUCGACCUGUGGGGACGCGGUGCUGAGCUGGAAAGUGCCGAUGAUGGUGAUGGCCGGACUGUGCACUUUGUUCAGCUGCUGCUUCGUCAUCCUCUUCCACACGAGGUACAGACGCCUGGAGGCGGAGAUGGAAGCGACUUACGGCACCAAGCGAACCAGUGACCCCGCCCACAGUGCGGUGAAGAGUGACCCCGCCCACAGUGUGGAGACCAGUGAACACGCCAAGAGUGAGGCGACCAGUGACCCCGCCCACAGUGCAGUUACCAAUGACCCCGCCCAUGUUGAGGCGACGUGAAACCUGACGGACUCGUGAUCAGAGAGAAACUGUUCUGUAUUUUAUUUUUUUUACCUCAGAAUAAUGGAUUUUAUUUAAAAAAACAAGAUUUUUUAGUAAAAUAUAUAUAUGCGCCCAAAGAUUUUAGGUACAUUGAGUUUCUAUAGCAGAUUUUACUUUUACACCACUGGUACGUACAAGUAUCCUCAAAAUAUAAUUCAGCGAUAUAUCGACUAUUAAUCUGCAGAAAUAACCUCAGCAGGUUGUUCUCAUCGAUCCAUUGAGAAAUGGAAAAUACAUUUCUAUGGUUCUCUGAAAGAUUGUUCGCGUUAACAAAGAAGUUAUUCAUUAAGAGGAAAUCUACAGAAUUAUUCUCACUAUUGAUUUUCACAUUUCCAUGAAGAAGACGGCAAGAAUUUCAUUAUAUGAAAUAAUGAAACUUGAGUUCUCUCUGCAUCUGAGCUCAUUAGAGACGCACAUGAACUUUUAAUAUUUUAUCUUGUAGAUAGUUACGUGUGACCAAAACGUAUUCAUCUUGAACGCACAAGUUUUUUAAAACAUCACCCAUCGGGACUUUAAACCUCCGUAGAAAUCUGUAAACUGAAGUAAACAUUUAACCUUCCUCCUCCAAUCUGGGGAUUUAAAUGAUUCUUGCUUUCCAGGUUUAUUUUUUAGUAAAACUUACCUUUGAUUAAGGUAAUCGAGCGGCACAGUGGUGCAGUGGUUCACACGGUCGUCUCAGGUGAAGGUUCAGUUCCUCGUUCUCCUGGUGGUGGUUUUCUCCGGCUUCCUCCCACAGGCUGAACACAUGCAGCUGGGAGGUCCGACUAACUGGAGACUCAAGUGGAUAGAUUCUGGUAGAAUCUGCUUGGUGAAGUAAUUUUAACAGAUAGAAACUAGAAAACCAUCUCUGCAGGUCUCAUCACUGUCCCAGGAUCCUUUAUCUUUAAAUCCUCAGAGGCAGCAGGGGCAUUAAGCUGCAGUGCAUUCUGGUCUAUUUCACGCACCUUCCAUUCUCAGGGUCUGACAACAGGAACCUGAUGUUUACAGCUGAAGCUUCACAAACCUUCUUCUCUGCAGCGGCUCGAAAACAACUUGAUGUGUUUGUCUCAUCAUCUCACACGUCUGCAUCUGAUGGUUUUAUUCUGAAACUGCUCUAAAAGGUUCUAAAGGUUCAGUUUACUAACACAUUCUACAUGAAAUUGUGCAGAUGAAACCAAACCUGUUGUGUUAUUAAUGUCUGUCUCCCUGUUGUUGAGAGAGAGAAUCCUACUUACAGCAUUUAAAUACUACUUAUUUUAAAGGAUGGUUGUGGGUUUUGUGCAAUAAAGGAAACUGUCAAUUUUCUGUUUGGUGGACGACACUUUUGAAUCAAACUUUAACUCUGUAAGAAUUAUUCAUGAGCAAAUCA